AUGGGGGUGUCGACGGCACAGGGCCUGGCCCCUCUGGAGGGCUUCAAUGUGGACGUGGCCCAGUCCUGGGUCACCCCCAAGGAUGCACCUUUUGUGGUCAGCUCCCUUCUGCACCAGGACUCCAGCACCAACCAGACCUGGCUCCUGGUCACCAGCCCUCAAGACAACCACUCAGCAAGGUUCCUGCAUCGAUGCACCCUCAACACAACCUGUCAGCAAGGCCCCUGCACUGGUGCACCCUCGGCACCGAUCGAUUGCCAACCAGUCGAGCAUGUGCCCAUGCCAAAGGGAAGGCAUCAGGGAGUGACGAUUGCUCGGAACCGCCACGGUGUUUUGAUUUGCAUUCAAGUGAGAUCCCGGACGCCCCACAGCCUCACCCCAGAACUCACAGGGGCCUGCAGCCUACUGGGCCCUGACUUCCAACUUCAGGCCCAAGUCAGCUUCUCCAACCUGGAAAAUCUCCUGGAUCCAGAUGUGCGCGUGGAUGCUAGAGACUGCUAUGGGAACAAGAAUGGGAAUGGGGAGUCAGCCAGGUGUCGCCGGGCGCUGGAGGAGGUGGAAGAAGAAGAGGAGGAGGAAGCUGGCACCGAGAUUGCAAUUGUCUUGGACGGUUCAGGCAGCAUCAGCCCCCCAGACUUCCAGAAAGCCAAAGACUUCAUCUCCAAAAUGAUGAGGGGGAUCUAUGAGAAGUGCUUCGAGUGCAGCUUCGCCCUGGUGCAAUAUGGGACAGUGAUCCAGACUGAAUUUGACCUUCGGGACAGCCAGGAUGAGUUGGCCUCCCUGGCCCGAGUCCAGAACAUCAUUCAAGUGGGGAACGUCACCAAGACUGCCUCAGCGAUGCAGCAUGUCCUAGACAAUGUCUUCACGCCCAGCGGUGGCUCCAGGGAAAGGGCAGCCAAGGUCAUGGUGGUGCUCACAGACGGGGACAUAUUCAUGGACCCCCUCAAUCUCAGCACUGUCAUCAGCUCCCCCAAGAUGAAGGGUGUCGAGCGCUUUGCCAUCGGGGUAGGGGAUGCGUUCCAGAAGGUGACCUCUGAUCGGGAGCUGAAGCAGAUCGCCUCCGAUGAGACACAUGCUUUCAAGGUGACCAACUACUCGGGGCUGGAGGGGCUGCUGAGCAGACUGCAGCAGAAGAUUAUCCACGUGGAAGGUGCGGGCGGAGAUGCCAUUCGCUUCCAGCUGGCACAGGUCGGGUUCAGCGCCGAGCUCCUGGGUGAGAAGCAGGUGCUGCUGGGCGCCGUGGGAGCCUUUAACUGGUCCGGGGGUGCGCUGCUCUACAACCUGAGCAGCCAUCGGGGACACUUCCUGCAGCCGACCGCGGGGGACAGCGAGGCUGCGCAGUACUGCUACCUCGGUUACUCGGUGGCUGUCCUACACAGGACUGGUGGCCUUUCCUAUGUGGCGGGGGCUCCGAAGCAUCUUCACCAUGGGGCAGUGUUUGAAUCUUGGAAGGAGGGUCCUGAAGCUAGCUUCCUUCUAGUGUUGGAGGGCGACCAGAUGGGGUCCUAUUUUGGCUCCGAGCUGUGCCCUGUGGACAUCGACAUGGAUGGGACCACGGACUUCUUGCUGGUGGCCGCUCCGUUUUACCACGUCCUUGGGGAAGAAGGCAGAGUCUACAUGUACCGCGUGAAUCAGCAGGCAGGGUCUUUCUCCUUGGCACACGUGCUGAGUGGACACCCCGGGUUCAAAGAUGCCCGGUUUGGCUUUGCCAUGGCGGCUCUUGGGGACAUCAGUCAGGAUAAGUUCACAGAUGUGGCCAUCGGGGCCCCCCUGGAGGGUUUCAGCGCUGAGGAUGGCGCCAGCUUCGGCAGCGUGUACAUCUACAAUGGGCACCAGGACGGCCUCUCCGCCCAGCCCUCGCAGAGGAUCAGAGCCUCGCAGGUGGAUGUAGGACUCCGCUACUUCGGCAUGUCCCUGUCUGGAGGCUUGGACAUCAGCAGUGACGGCCUUGUUGACAUCACUGUGGGCACUCUAGGCCAAGCGGCCGUGCUCCGCUCCAAGCCUGUGGUUCGCCUGAAGGUGUCCAUGAACUUCAGCCCCAAGGCCCUGCCCGUUGGCUUCAAAGGCCAGGUGACUGCGAAUCUGUGCUUUGAAACCAGCCCUGGAACCCCAGCCACUGAGACAGGCCUCAGGGGCACAGCCCUCAACUUCACGUUGGACGUGGACGUGACGAAGCAGUGGAAAAGGCUGAAGUGCCCUCACGAGAAGGCGUGUCUGAGCAUCCUGAGGGAGUGGAGCAGCCCUUCCAGUCUCUGUGAGCCCCUCUUGCUCCUCCCCGAGCAGGGAGAGCUCCCCGAGGAAGACUACUUCUCCAACAUCAGUAUCAAGGUCAGCUACCAACUCCAGACCCUGCAGGCUGACAGGCACCACCCUCAGGCCCUCCUGGAUCACUACACUGAGCCCUGGGCCAUCUUCCAGCUGCCCCAGGAGAAGUCCUGCAAGAAUGUGCUGUCUUGUGACGCUGAGUUACAGUUGGACAUCACCGCCCAUCCACAGGAUUUGGUGAUAGGUCUCACCAGUGAGCUGACUGUGCAUAUGAACAUAACCAACCAUGGAGAAGACUCCUACAUGACAAACCUGACUUUGAAAUACCCCACAAACUUACAGUUUAAAAGGAUACAAAAGCCUUCUUCUCUAAAUAUCCAGUGUGAUGACCCUAAGCCAGGUGCUUCUGCCCUGGUGAUGAGCUGCAAGAUUGGCCACCCCAUAUUCAAGAGGUCAUCAAGCGUGAGCAUCUUGGCGUUCUGGCAGCUGGAGGAGCAUGCGUUUCCCAACCAGACGGCGGACAUCGCGGUGACACUCACCAGUGCCAAUGGAAGGUCGCCAGUUACGAAGAAAGAAGCCCUCACAUUCAAGCGUGCCUUCAUUGCGGCUCUUACCAAACCGUCGGUGAUGUACAUGAACACAAGCCAGAGGCUUUCUGCGCACAAGGAGUUCCUCUUCAGUGUACAUGGGGAAAAUCGCUUUGGAGCCCAAUUCCAGCUGCAAGUGUGUGUUCCACUCAAAAUCCAAGGCCUUCAGGUUGCGAGAGUGAAGAAUGUGACAAAGACGCAGGCGGACACUGUGUGCACGGAGACUCCGAAGUGCGUUUGGGGAAGCGACCUGGUUCAGCACGUGGAAGAAUGGUACUCAGCGAGCUGUGCCAUCACUUCAGAUAAAGAAAAUGUCACCGUGGCUGCAGAACUCUUCCUGGCCCACGCUGAGCAGUUACUAAGAGAAUCGACAGAACUGUGGAUCCUGGGUGAAAUCUCUUACGACAAAACUCUGUACGAGGGGCUGAAUGCUGAGAACCACAGGACGAAGAUCACCGUCAUCCUUCUGAAAGACAAGACGCACCAUUUCCUGCUGAUCAUCCUUGGAAGCAGUCUGGGUGGCCUUCUGGUGUUGAUCGCCAUUAUAGUCAUUCUAUUCAAGUGCGGCUUUUUUAAAAGAAAAUACCACAAACUGAACUUGAAAAGUGUGAAGAGGGCCCAGCUGCAGUCCGAGGAUCUGCUCACAGAAGGACACUAGGCCCUGCUUCCUCAGACUCGGGAGAAACCAUCAGCUGGUCUAGAACUUCUGCUCUGGGCAAGUUCUCAUACUUAGUCCUAAGAAUCAGUGGUUUUGUUCUUUCAGCUUAUACUUGGCUUUGAUUUUUCAGAUUUCUGGAAGAGGGAUUUGGCUAUUAAAUGUACAUGUUAAAUUGAAAAAUUAAAAAAAAAUUGAAGAAUUGA